CAGAGACUCGAAGUCCACAUUUCAGAACAUUAUUUGGACAUAACAACACUAUGUUAUUUAGACCUGUCCUGUUUACCCUCAGCAUCUGUAGAUCAUGAUCUGCGUAAGCCUAAUACCUUAUGAAUGGACCUCUUGAUCAAAAUCUGACCAGUUACUAUAAUCAUGGUUAUGAUAAGGAACUGUAUUGAGCCAGUUGUUGCUGGAGCGCAAAUUGCCAGUUCAUUCUAUGAUACAGGAUUGCUCCUGUUUGUGAAGGACUAUUAUAACCAAACCACCAACGGUUCUAGUGAAAAUGCAUUACAGAAAGCCAUCUCAAAUUUCUAUAUCACUUAUAGUCUGACUAUGGGCUUAACCCCCUUGCUGUCUGCUUAUAUCCUGGGAAGGAUUAGUGAUAGAUUUAAUAGGAAGAUCUCUAUAUGUGUACCAUUGGUAGGGUACCUAGUAUCAAGAUCCUUUCUUUUAUUUGUCAUUCUUUGGGAAUGGCCUAUAGAGGUGAUGUUUGGUUCUGCUGCUUUAAAUGGGUUAACUGGAUGGUUUACAACAUACUGGGCUGGUGUUAUGGCCUGGACCUCACAAGGAUCCACUGAAAGCAGAAGAUCUCUUAGACUCAUCAUUGUUGAAAUGGUGUAUGGUCUGGCUGGCUUCGUUGGCAGCUUGGUAUCUGGUCACAUAUUUGUUAAGUUAAACAUUGCAAAUUAUCAGGGUGUCAUUCUUGUCUGCUGUAGCCUUUCCUGCUAUGUUUUCUGUGUCUUGUAUAGCAUUUUUAUUUUGAAAACCCACAAUUCGGUAGAAUUGCACGCUGAAGAAUAUAAAAACAAACCUAUCAAUGAAAACGGUUCUAUGGGCCCUGAGCACACAGAGCAAAGCAAAUUGUUGGAUGGAAAGCCUACUGAAAACUAUGCACCUGAAGGGCAAACAAAUGUGUCUCCAUCAAAAUUCAUCCUCAUCACCAUGUUUACCGGUGCAAUUCUAUUCAAUGUCGCUUCAGUUGGAGCAGAAGAUGUGAUUAAUGUGUUUGUGCUAAAAAAGCCCUUAAGCUGGGGUCCAGUUGAAGUUGGUUACGGUAACGCUGCUGCCUAUGUUACCUAUAUCACUAGCUUCGUGGGAGUUUUUAUUUUGUCCAAGUGCUUGGGUGAUUUUGGCUUAAUCAUUAUUGGUAUGCUAUCAUUCGGUGCUGGGAUGUUGAUAAUGGCCUUUGCACGCUGGACUUAUCUAUAUUACAUUGCUCGGGCAGUGAUGAUGUUUUCUCUGAUUCCUACACCAAUCAUCAGGUCUAUAAUAUCUAAACACGUUCAGGGAUCUUCAUAUGGUAAAGUGUUUGUUGUACUUCAGUUAGGGAUAGGAAUUGUGGUUGUGACCACAUCAGCCGGAUUCAAUAAACUGUAUCAAGCCACCUUAGACUGGUACAGCGGAUUCUGCUUCAUUGUUUUCAGUAUCCUGGGCUUCCUCAGCAUAAUUCCCAUGAGUAUUGCAGUUUGCAAGCAAAGCUUGGGUGGGCAACCCAGCAGAGCAUCCAUGAAUGAAGAAACAACAUAUGGGACUCUCACAAAGUAACUGCAAGAAGAGGUUGCCAAAGAUAAUCUGAAGAUGUUUAUGCGCGUAGUUUUAUCCUAUUGUGUAAAACAAUAGUUAAAAA